AUGGAGUCAAUCUACAACGUCAGCAACAAGUACGCCAUCGACAUCAUCAACUCUGCUCUCAAGACCACCACCAUGGCCACCACCACAACCGCCGUCACUUCCCCAGGAGCGCCAGCCUCAACCAUGACCCUUAACCAACGCAUCUCAAAGCACCGCCGGGACUGGAGCCUCGACCUCACAAACGGCCCCGUCUCCUCUCCAGGUCCCAAGGCCAAGUAUCGUAGAUCUCGCAGCUGGAGCACCAGAAUCGGCGUCGACGCCCCUCGUUGCCCAGAACGCCAGACUCCAGUCUUGUACUUCAUUGCCACCUCAAAGCGCGGCAAUAACAUCCCACUCUUCCCUCCCUCUCCUCCCUCCUCCAAUUCUAGCAAGGAUGUCAUCAACGACGAACACCCCCUGGACGAUGACAUCUCAGAGGAGUACGCCAUCUGCCCUGACACAGAUUCACCGCGCUACAAGCAAGAGUCUGACGUCGGCCUCUGCAGCGGGCCCCGUUCCUCGCCUGGGCCGAAGGCUAGGUACGCCAGGUCCCGCUCCUGGAGUUCCAGGUGGUCGGAUAGCGGGUACUCCUCGGGCGGCGAGGAGUUCGUCGUCGCCGGUAAGGCCAGUGAGGGCAGCGAUAGUAAGAGCUACUCUGGACCUGGCUUCUUCCUUGGCUUCCCGGAUGACAAGUUCGUCCUCUACGACAGCGACUACGACUCCGAAGACGAUGAUAUCGUCAUGACCGACCCCUCUCCCCUUGGAAACUCUGGGGACGGCGAUAUCAUCACGGCUGAAUACGACAGAGAUGACGACGUCAUUAUGGCAGACGUGGCCGAUGUUCGUGAAGACGAUGACGAUAUCCCCAUGCCUGAUUAUAUCGGAGACAUCGAUCUCAUCAUGGCCGACUACAGCGAGGACGUAGAGAUCGAUAUGACCGACUAUAGCCCGAGCGAACUUGGGUGGUCCGAACCCGAGGUGCUUUCGGAAUACACAGCCGCCAACUGGGAUAACGGGGUGCCCGAACUGGUGAGAUAUGUCGAGUUCGACUACUCGGACAUCGAGUACGAUGGAGAGAUACCCAUCGUGGUAAUCAGCUUGGCCAAGGAUGAGAAGGAUUACAUGUGA